AUGCAUCCAAGGCGAUACGAGGAAAGGAAACAUUUUUAUAUACGACAUUUUCAUAAUUGUACACUUCACAGAUGUCAAGACGCACAAGAAGAAGUCAAAGAUAGUGUUAUUACUGUUCCUCCAUAUUAUAAUCAAUUCGAAAGACAAGCCAUUCUGGACGCUGCUGAAAUUGCUGGAUUACGUGUGCUAUCCUUGAUUAAUGAUCUGACAGCUGUUGGAAUAAACUAUGCCAUUACACACUCUUCUUCUAUUACUGAGGAUCCACAAAUUCAUUUAUUCUAUGAUAUGGGUGCUGGAAGCACUAAAGCUAGUGUGAUCAAAUUUAAUAUUGUUAAUAACAAGGAUGCGGGUCCUUUCAACAAGACUUUUAUUAAUUUAGAAGUUUUAUCAACCGGAUACGAUAGAACUCUCGGGGGACAAGAAUUUGAUCUUCGGCUUAGAAAAUAUUUUGCGACAAAGUUUGAUAAUUUACACAGUAAUAAGUUGAAAGAAUCCAUUUUUAAGUCUGAUCGUGCUAUGACAAAACUAUUUAAAGAAGCAAAUAGAGUGAAACAAAUUCUUAGUGCCAACACAGAGACAAUUGCUUCAGUAAAUUUUAGGAUCGCAAUUUCAAGGAACGAACUUGAAUCUAUUACAAAUGAUUUGAUUGGGCGUGUUGAAGCUCCUUAUAUCACAGCAUUAAAUAAGGCUAAUCUGACAUUGUCUGAUAUAAAAACAUGCGUGUUAGUUGGUGGUGGUAUUCGUGUGCCAGCUGUUCAAAAUAUGCUUAAAGGACUUAUUGGAGAAGAUAAAAUUGCGCAAAAUCUUAAUGGAGAUGAAGCAGCUGUUUUAGGUGCUGGUUUUAGAGGUGCCGGGUUGAGUCAUCAUUUUAAAGUUAAAGAAGUAAAGGUCACAGACAUCACAUCCUAUCCAACUGAAUUUGCAAACCAAUCUGAAAAAAACAUUAAUGAAAAUGAUAUAAGCGUUGAUGUUGAUAAUGUUGAUAUAAAACCUUUAGGAGAAAAAGAGAAGCUUAAUUCAAUCCAACGAUUACUUGCUAUGGAAAGGAUUGAUAAUGAACGUCAUGCUCGUGAAAGGGCCAUGAAUUAUUUGGAAUCUUAUGUUUACAAAUACCAAGAUUUUCUUGAUGAGCCAAUUGUUAUACAAGUUACCACUGUAGAGCAACGUUCAGAACUAUCCAAAAAGUUAUCUGAAACGUCAGAUUGGUUAUAUGGAGAAGGAGAAAAUGCACCAACUGACGAAUUUCAUUUACGUCUUGACACUUUAAGAUUAUUAGAGAAGCCAAUUUCGUUUAGACAAGAAGAGUUUAUCAAACGUCCUGAUGCAAUUUCUUCACUUGAACUACUUAUAGAUAACACGCGUGGAUUUAUAGAACAAAUAAGAACUAAUAUAACGGUCGAAACAUGGCAUUAUACUGAUGCGGAUAUUGAUAAAUUAUUAAAUGUUUGUGAUAAAAUUGAAAACUGGCUCAAAGAAAAAUUGGCAGAGCAAGGGAAAACUGCUCUCUACAUUGAUCCCAUUUUCACUACAGAUGAUAUACAAAAGAAAGUAAAUGAGAUUAAACGUGAAUUUUUAAAAUUGGUGAAUAAAAAACCACCAAUAAAGGCAAAAAGUUCUACAACUACCACCGCUACUACAGAAUCUGUCAAAACAAAUGAUACAACAGCUGAUUCAAUAACCCAAGAGACUUCAAACGUUACAAUACCAUCCGAUACUGAAACUACAACUGAAGCCAUUGAGCCCAAAACAACACAUCAGGAAUUAUAA